CAGACCUACGCCAGACCGACUCGGCAUUCAUUUCAGUCGUCGCGAGGAGUUGAUGUAGUAAGGAUCAUUCGUCGACAGUGAUACAAUGAAAAUUAAAUUGAAAUUAAUGACAAUUUGAUUGAAAGUUUAAAAAAUUUUGAAAAAAUUGUGAAGUGAAAAUAUAGUACUUAGCAAAAAACGGCUGUAAACAUUGUAAAAGCAAAGCAAAAAAGCAGAAGGCAAAAAACACAAAAUGCAAAGUCACCCAGUUGACCGUCAAUUCAGCUGCACUGGCCUUUACUUUUUGUUGUUGUUGCUUUUGUUGCCGGCAUUGUUUAAUCGGCAUCAUCACGUGGCCACUGUGACGGCAAUUAACACGGAAACAGCGGGUGAACACCAGCAACAGCAGACAACACAACCCACGCUACAACAGCAGCAGCAACAUGAGAAGCCAGAAGAGCAGCAAAGUCAACCACAAAACAACUCAAAGCCAAACAUAAUAAUCAUCUUAAUUGAUGAUAUGGGCUUCAACGAUGUCAGCUAUCACGGCUCGAAUCAGAUAUUAACACCGAAUAUUGAUGCGCUCGCCUACAAUGGCAUCAUACUGAAUCGACACUAUGUGCCAAAUCUCUGCACACCAUCGCGAGCGACGCUGCUCACUGGCAAAUAUCCAAUACACACAGGUAUGCAACAAUCUGUCAUCAUUAACGAUCAACCAUGGGGUCUGCCACUGCAAGAGCAACUGCUGCCCGAGAUACUACGCGAUGCCGGUUAUGCAACGAAUUUAAUUGGUAAAUGGCAUUUGGGUUUCUGGCGCAAGGAGUUGACGCCCACCAUGCGUGGUUUCGAUCAUCAUUUCGGUUACUAUUCAGGUUACAUUGACUACUACAAUCACACGAAUCAUAUGUUGAAUCGCAAUUAUUCGGCUGGUUUGGAUUUCCGUCGCGACUUGUCGCCCUGGCCGGAGGCGGAUGGUCUGUAUGCCACCGAUGUUUUCACACAGGAAGCAGAACGUGUUAUCUACCAACAUGAUGCGGCGGCCAAGCCUUUGUUUCUGCUAAUGAGCCACUUGGCCGUGCACACCGGUAAUGAGAAUAAUCCGAUGCAGGCGCCGGAAGAGGAGGUGGAGAAAUUCUCGCACAUCAGUGACAAGAAGCGGCGCACAUAUGCAGGCAUGAUCUCGCGUCUGGACGACAGUGUUGGUCGCGUGGUGCGUGCGCUCUCGAACAAAGGUAUGCUGAACAAUUCAAUAGUGUUGCUGUACUCCGACAAUGGAGCACCAACUGUGGGCAUACACUCGAAUGCGGGCUCCAAUUAUCCCUUCCGUGGCCAAAAGGAAUCACCAUGGGAGGGCGGUCUACGCUCGGCCGGUCUCAUCUGGAGUCCACUGCUGCAGAAGCAGCGUUACGUUUCGAAUCAAGUCGUGCAUGCAAUCGAUUGGCUGCCCACAUUAGCCAGCGCUGCUGGCGUUCCAUUGCCACCCAAACUGCAACUGGAUGGGGUUAAUUUGUGGCGUGUCCUCAGCGAAAAUGGCGUGCCACAACCACGGCGUCUCAUACACGUGCUGGACGACAGCGUCGGUUAUAGCGCAUACACACGCGGCGCACUCAAGUAUGUGAAUGGCAGCAGUUUUAAUGGUCAGUACGAUGGUUGGUUGGGCGAUUUACCAGCUGACGAACAAGAUCCCACCGCGCCGUAUUAUGUGCAGCAGGUGCUCUCCUCCGAGGUACAACACGUGCUCGGCAGUGAUGCGCUCAGCGUGGAGCAGGUGGAGAGUUUACGCGCGCAAGCCACACAUAGCUGCCCCGACAACAAGGAGGACUACACACAAGAUGUGUAUCGCUGUGAACCACUGGUGGAACCAUGUUUCUUCGACAUCGAAAAAGAUCCUUGCGAACGCUACAACCUGGCUAAACUCUAUCCACUGCAAGUGCAACUGUUGGCGCAAGAAGUGGAGCAAUUCAGACAGGGCGCAGUGGUGAGCGCACAGAAUACAUUUAGUGAUCCACGCUGUGAUCCGGCUCUGCAUGGUGGUGUUUGGACUUGGUGGGCAGCCACCUCAGCAGCGAAGUCUCGCUGGAAUUUUGGCUCUGGUGGAGUUAUCUAUGCGACGAUGUUCAAUGUGUUGGCGCUUUCUUGGUGGCAUGCUUGUGAUGCUUUGAAGAAGUGUUGGGCACAUUUGACGCAUUUAAUUACUAUGUAAUUAAUACUAAAUUUUAGUUAUAAUAUAAGCAGUUUAACUUGUAAAAAAAUAUAUAUACUAUAUAUCUAUAUAUAGUAUUGUAAUUUGCAAGCUAUUUAAAUCUUGCCAUUCGUAGUAAGUAUUCAGUAAAAUUUAAAUAAAAAAACUCUCACUAACUAUUAAUAUAA